AGUAUAACUACCAGCUUCAAUCAAAUGUGAGUUUCAACCAUUUCGUCCUGGCGUGAGUAUUCUCGUCCUGUCAUCAUCCUCAUUCAGGCCCGUGGUUUGGUGUGUAUAUUAUCUUGUUUUCAGUCCCUCAGUACCCUCCCUUCUCCCCCGCACUCCAACAGAGCUGGUGAGUCUCGCAGUAGAGAGCUCAGAUCUGAUUCCAGUUGCCUAGAUUGUGGCCUGCCCUCGCGGCUCAGCGGUGAAGGUCUCAGGUUGGUUGUUGAGAUUGCGGGGGGUUUCGACAGGGUGGUUUAGAGUGAGCUGGUUUGAGGAGCAUGUUGGAAAGUUUCUCUGGUACAGGGUAGCUAGGUGAUUCCGCUCAGGUUGGUUGAUCAAGCUCGCAACGAAAGGAAUGGUGUACAGUGAAAGCAUGGCUUCUAUCACUGGUUCGGUAGUUGUCUGUGUUCGGAGCGUGUUACCAGUCACCCUGGGGCGAGGGCCUCUUCCAUGUUUCGAGAAUAAUUGUGUAUCGUAAAGGGUCUCUUAUUUCUCGUGGUUACAACUCAGGGUUAUCCUGCAAUGCCUUCUAAUAUUUUCACUAAGAGCUACCAAUGGUGUGAGCAAUUCUUGUGGUAGCAAAUCUGGAGGUUGCAGUCACGGUCGCCAAUCCACUCUUCUUCCGUUGAUGUAGAGUAUCUCUUUCUUCCAAAAGAUGCGAGAUUUCGAUUUUCAUAUCGCUCUGUCUCCUCAGUCGCGAGUAAUCGACCGAAGUUUAGAGAUCAAUAGUUGAUUUAGUUCGCUCGAAUUCAACGCAUCCAAGCCUGAGCUCCUUCUGCACGAUUCUAGAUUGUAAAUUGGCACUAUUCCAUUGGGUUCAGACGACCCAUUGCAGCGAUCAGCUUUACUUUCGGUGAACACCUCAAUCGAUCAAAAUGCCGCCGUGCUUUGUUUCCCCCUACUCUGCUGGCGCUGAGUAUCUCGGCAAGGCAGGAAACGACUCUUUCAUGAUGGGAAGUUUUGCUUCCACAUUCGUGGAGGGUGCCAUCAUCGUGGGAGGCGGUCCCUCGGGUCUGGCCGCCGCCGCGUGCCUCAAGAUGAAGGGAGUACCGUCCCUAAUCAUUGAGAAAUCAGAUGGCAUUGGUUCCCUAUGGAAGUACAAAGCAUACGACCGCUUGCACCUCCACAUCCCGAAACAAUUCUGUGAGUUGCCGUACUAUCCCUUCCCAGAGGAGUACCCGUUGUACCCGAACAGGAAGCAAUUUGUCGACUAUUUGGAGAACUACUUCCAGCAUUUCGACAUGCGCGCCAAGUUCGAAACUAAGGUGAAGACGGCGUCAUACGACCCGCGCCUGUCGUGCUGGAAGGUUGAUACUCAGCCUUCAGGUGCAGAUUCUGAGUGUGUUACGGAGUACCGUGCUAGGUGGCUGAUUGUUGCAUCUGGAGAAAACGCAGAGCCUUACACCCCUGACUUGUCGGGGUUGCGAGAUUUCAAAGGUCCAGUGUUGCACUCAAGCACCUACAAGACGGGAGCUGAUUACGAGGGACAACGGGUGCUCGUCGUAGGAUGUGGAAAUUCGGGGAUGGAGAUUGCCUUGGACUUGGCUAAUUUCCGAGCCAAGCCCUCUCUUGUUGUACGGAGCGCAGUGCACAUUCUACCCAGGGAGAUAUUUGGCACGUCGACGUUCGCUGUGGCAAUGAGAAUGAUGAAGAGCUUCCCUUUGUGGUUCACUGAUAUGCUUCUGGUGUGGUACACUUGGGCCAUGCUGGGCGACACCACGAGCUAUGGCUUCAAGCGGCCGACAGACGGGCCGAUGACGAUCAAGUGCAAGCAGGGCAAGACGCCUAUUCUGGAUGUGGGCACUUUCGCGAAGAUAAAGAGCGGCGCUAUCAAGGUGUGUCCGGGAGUGGAAUAUCUUGCCCCUCAUGGAGCACAUUUUGCUAAUCGCCAAUUCGCAGAGUUCGAUGCCAUCGUGCUGGCUACUGGGUACAGGAGCAAUGUCCCGCAAUGGCUCAAGGAUGACAGCGGUUUCUUCUCAGCGGAGGGUCUUCCGAAAAACCCUUCUCAUGGAACCUGGAAGGCGGAACGGGGCCUUUACAUUGCCGGGCUGGGAAGGAAAGGGAUUUUGGGAGCGACCUUCGAUGCCAAAAAUAUUGCCGAGGAUAUAAGCGAAGCUUACUCCUCAGAGUCCCACAGGAUACUGGUCUCCCCUCUUCAACAUAGGUAGCCCUGUUCGUGGAGAUCCCUCUCCGAUUUUCAAUCAAUUUUGACAUUCUCGACGCUGCCACCGUUUGCCAGUUUUUUUGUCUCCCUCUUUGAAGGGGAUUUCGAAACUCACCGAGAAGACUCGCACCAAGUCACCUGGAAAGUUUAACUAUGAAUUUCCUAUUCUUUUUUCUUUUUUCUUUCCACAGUACUUCGAUGUUCUCGAGUUCGGCAUUUGCGGAAGGAGUUUGAGUUUGACUGCCUGACGUCUCGCGGGAUCGUCGAUGUUGGCGACAACUCGCAUUAUGCAUGCGGACGCGUGUGCUGUAACUCAAAUGUUGAAGUGAUAGUGAAGGAGUAGCGUCCACCUGGAGUGUUUUUAUGACGAGGUUGGGUCAACGCACAGAGAAGAAGAUGGCAGAAGUAUAGAUACGUAGGGGAGAGUUUAAUACUAGUUGGGGGCCAAAAGCUUGUGCACCCCUUCCGGCCAACUUGUACCAUACAUUUUUUUGCACAACAUCUACAACACUAGCUGAAUACUAGUUUAGAGUAAAACGUUAUCUACCCACAUCGUCUUCUUGCACACUUUGUUCCGAACUAUCUUGAAUUCGAAAGUUUCUCGUUAUGAACCCCA